CAAGCAGCGCAUGUGAUGCGUUAAAUCAAAUGAUCUCAAAACGCUACAAAGCACAAAGUGAAGAUUCACGAGAUUGCUUAAAAUCUUUCCCCCUCCCCGUGACGACACCGGAUCGCGGUUCCCACAGCCCGAGAGUAGGCUCGCGAAGGCCACCGCUGGCUGGAAUGCGUCGGGAAACGUGUGUAAAGUUGUAAUAGCAUGGCUCGUGUGGAAUUCUACUGUUAUGGCCGGUAAAGCUUCUCUCUCGUCGGACAAAACUCUUCACGGUCUCCAUCUGCAAACACGGUGCCAAUAGAGAGACCAACUGUGUGUGUGUGUAAUGAGACCCGUCAUGGAGGCCAAAGAGGAGACCAGCGACACCGACAGCGGCAUCAUCCUGCACUCCGGUCCUGAUAGUCCGUGCAGCAUGUUGAAGGAGGUGAAUACACACACGCGUGCAGUGCGGCUGAAACUGACGGCGCUGGAGGAGAGACUGGACGCGUGUGUGUCGGAACUCAAGCAACUCUGCAUACGAGAAGCCGAGCUGACAGGAGUGUUGUCUCCAGACUACCCUCUGCUGGCUGGCGAGAGACCGCCACAGAUACGCAGACGCAUCGGAGCAGCCUUCAAAAUAGACCAACACACACUACUGGACAAGACAGAGGACUCUCUGAGCGCGGUGGAGGUAGAGUUGGCAUGUCAGCAGCAGAUCGUGGUUGCAGUUCGAGGCCUCGUUCAAGAGGGGGCACUGGUGAGCAGUGCCAUGCGGCGCACCAGACAGCAACAGGUGAAGCAUGAGGAGAAGAAGCUUCGACAGCUUCAGGAGGAAGUCUUUAAGCUCCGCCUACAACAUGGCCGAAACUCACCCCUGCCCGCUAUAGCAGGACACAGAGACCCGCCUGUAUCAGAUGACAGCUCCCUGUCUGACUCCGCUCUCCUGGACGACGAGGAGAGGGCCAGCCAAGCUUCGCAGCCGUCACUGGAGGCCACACACCCUCACCCCGCCAAGCCACGCCCACAAACCCUGGAGGUCCGCCCCUCCACGCUAGGUCACAACCAUCACGGGCACUACAUGCCCAGCCCCACCAGGAGCAGAAGCCCCUCCUUUAACCACACCCCCAGCCCUGUCCCAAGCCCCUCCCUCCACCAUGUUCACGUCAUACCCAGUCCUCUACCAAGUCCCUCCCUAAACCACGCCCUUUGCAGAAGCCCCUCCCUAAACCACGGCCCUUCCAGAACUCCCUCCUUCACCCACAUUGCCCACAGCCCUCUCCCAGGCCCCGCCUCUAACCACGCCCACAUGAGGAACAGCCCAAUCCCGAGCCCUGUGAUGCUGAGUCACGGCCCCUCCAGAGCUCCCUCAUUCAAUAGCCAUCACUCCCUUCCUCCUUCUAGAACUCCCUCGUUUAACCACUCAACAACCCACAGCCCCCUCCCAAGCCCCGCCCUCAAUAACUUAAGAGACAGUCCAAUCCCCAGCCCUGUCCUCCUCUCUAACCACUCCCCCUCCACACUAAGCCCCUCCCCUGCUGCGUUGGAGGCGGAUCGUCCUCCGAUAGAACACUCCCCCUGGGAGGAGUCGAGUCUGGACACGCCCUACCAAAAGAAGAAGUCUCGAUCCAGCAGCCGUAAGAUCAGUAGUCCUGCCGUGACGGAGACGCUGCCUCCGCUGGAGGUGUGUGUGAGCGCGGGGGGUUCGGACGCCGGCUCGGAGUUGUGUAUGUCUGACGUGUCAGCGUCUGAUGUGUGUGUGUCGUCGCCUCACGCCGCCCUGCGAGUCACACACUCCAACAGCGCACCCUGCACGCCAGACAUGGCACUGCGACGAGGAGCCUCACUCAGGCUCCCCAGCGUGGGUUCCGGCUCCGACGUGGCUGAGUGUCACCUGGAUCGGGGGCGUUCCCGGUCGUCUCGGCGACGCUUGAUUGACGUGCCGGUGACGCCUGACACUCUGCCCCUGCAGAGCGGCAUGGGAAACCCCCUGUACUGCUCCAGCUCCGAGGACAGUGCUUCAGAACACUCCGCCUCUUCCUACUGCAGCUCGUCUGCCACUGGACACCCUCCACAGCCACGCCCCCCACCCAACGGCUUCUACCGCAACCCCAACCACCAAUCAUCUCCCAGCUUCAACCACAACCACCAAUCACCAGCGGGCUUCAACUCCCAGCACCAAUCACCAGCCGGCUUCAACCCCAACCACCAAUCACCAGCCGGCUUCAACCCCAACCACCAAUCACCAGCCGGCUUUCCCAGGGGGGGCUAUGGCCACUCCCCUCUACCUGCGGCGGGUCGCUAUGACUACCACUACGUGGAGACGGGUCCUGGGGGGUCCUGGGGGGGUGGUCCCGGUACUGGGCCGUCCGGUGCGAUGCCGGUUCAGGGGCGCCUGUCUCGCGCCCCCUCCCUUAGAGAGUACCCUCCCCCUCACCACCACCAACAACAUCCCCAAUACACACACUCACUCGCACACACAUACACACACUCGCAGUCGCACGCAGACGCACACACACUCUCGGAUCAGCUGCAGUCCUGGCACCAGAGACAACACGCACACACACAGAACCAACACACACACGCCCAGUAUGCGCACACACAGCACCCACACAGCCAGUACACACACACCCACACCCACUCUCAGCCCAGCCCCCUGCCCGCCCACCUGACCCGCCCCCGGCCGCGCUCUCUAGACCGCCAUCGCCAGGGAGCCAUGCGCAUCAGACACACCCCCAGCCUCAACCAAAACCAUGCCCACAGCCAAAACCACUCCCACACAUCCCAGCAGCCCCGGAGACUAGACCAGCCCCCUGAGGUGCCAGGCGUCUCCAUGGUUACAGAGAAGCUGCAUGGCCACUGGACGACAGAGGACGACACACACAUCAUCAGCCAGGUGUGAGGGGAGAGAGAGAGAGAGAGAUAGAGAGAGAGAGAGAGAGAGAGAGAGAGAGAGAGAACAGGAGGGUAGAGAGAGAGUGUGUGUGUGUGAGAGAGGGAGAGAGAGAGAGAGAGAGAGAGUUUGUGUGUGAUAAAGAGAGAGAGAAUAUAAGUAAGUAGGAGUAGAGUGUGUUUGUGGCUGAGAGAGAGAGUGUGUGUAAGUGAGUGAGUGAGGGAGGAAGAGAAAAAGUGAGGGAUGAGGGUGAAGGUGGGGUCGAACAACUCUAAUUUAUGAGAUAUUUAUUUCUGCUGUUGGACUGGUGAGCAGAGCCCCCUGCUGACCACAUUGCUGCAUUACACACACACAAACACACACACACGUUCGUCCCAUGAACCUAAUCUCUCUCACACACACACACUGAAUCUAAUCCCACACACAUACACACAGACUGCACACACACACACACACAGAAGCUGCAGACACAAUCAACAGACUGGUACAGCUACGCAGAGAUUCAAGGAGCCCUUAUGAACUGUAGAACUCCUAGUGUGGCAGUAGAAUGAGAGUGCUGUAGAACUCUAACAAGACAAUGGAACCCUAAGGGCCUUCGCACACCGGCCUCCACAAAGUGCAGAGAAAUUAAGAGGUAAAUCAUCUAAUAGAAGAGCCUGGACUCCCCAUUUUCCUAAGAAAAUGCCAAACUUCGAUUCCACUGUUUUCAAUACAACACCGGUGCCGAUGUCCAUGGAUUACGGCAGACCUCUAUUUUUUGUCGAAUGAUGAAAUUGCAAUACAGGUUCAUAGCUUUUAGCAGGUCUGCGCCCGUGUGAAAUUGUCGGAAGCAAUAGUUCUCCGCAGUGCUGUCACAACCGGUGUGCAGAGGCCCUAACAGUGUAUUAUAACCAAACAGUGUGUUAGAACUCUAAGGUGCCAAUAGAACACUGGUGAGUUCCAAUAGAACUCUGCGGUACCAAUAGAACUCUGGUGAGUUCCUGUUCCCUGCUGUGAAAGACACUGGUACCAGAUCUGAUGGAACUAGACUAGAUGUUUUUAUAGAGGCAGGUUUUAAAUGCUUUAAAUGCUUUUUUUUACUGUUUUGUAAUGUUUUAUAAAAGAGUUUAUUUGUUACUAAAAAUAAAAGUGUUACUAAUCACUCAGUGUGCUUUGGUGUGCCACACACUUUUGAU